UACGUAUACGUCGGUGGACAGUGAAAGGCGCGAUGAUGGGUGAGCGUUAUUGAUGCAAUAAAUAAAUAAGUAUAAAAUACAAAAUCAGAGAAGAAGAAAAAAGGUGACGCUCGUGAGCAAUUGCGAAAGGCGAAUGAGACAAAUUUAGCCAAGAAGAACCGAUCCGAACCGAAUCGAAGGAGACUCCCAUUCUCGGUGGAGAGCAAACUGUUGCUGCUGAUUCUAGUGGUGCUGCCACUGGGCCUGAGCCACUGGGUGGCUGUGGUGGCGCUGGUGGCGGUGGCAGUUUUUGUUUGGCGGGCGGCGGUGCCAAAUGAUGAUCAUGACCGCGUAGAGACGCAAAUAAAUAUAAUUGAAACACCACCAAACUAUAAGCAACCAAAACCUGACGGCGCCGCGAACCAAAUAACAGCAGUGCGGGCAUUGUGUAAUUGCAACGGCAUCGCCAUGAACAAAACGAUUCUGCACUGGAGCUAUCUGAACUUCAAGGAUGUGCCCAUGGAUCUGUUCCUGUACGAGGAUCUCGAAGAGGUCUAUCUCAAGGAGAACUUUAUCUCGGUGAUCCCCAAGUGGUUGCUGAACAUCACGACCCUCAAGUUCAUCCAUCUGGCGGGCAACAAUCUGAGCGAACUGCCCGCAGAUAUCUAUAUGCUGGAGAACCUUGAGUUCCUCGACGUUUCCAACAAUGAACUCAAGCAGCUGCCCCCCACUCUGGGUCUCCUCUUGAGUCUCCAGCAGCUGAAUGUGUCGGGCAAUCAACUCACCGAAUUGCCAGUGGAGCUGAGCAGCUUGCGCAAUCUGGAGCACCUAAACAUCGCCAAGAACCAAUUCCGCCGACUGCCCAUUCAGCUGAGCGAGUGCGUCCGCCUCAACGAGCUGAACGUGAGCGACAACGAGGCACUGGUCCACAUCCCCGAGCGUAUCUCCAACCUGCCCAUGCUGCAGUCCCUCGCCGCCGAUCGCUGUGCUCUCAUCUACCUGCCGGCAGCCCUCUCCAAGUUCAUGAACCAUGUGCGCAUCUUCCACAACACCGCUAUCAACUAUAUACCCAUGGUCUACGAGAAGUUCUACCAAAAUUUCUACGACAACCGCCAGAGAAGUACUCCCAUCGCCGUUCGCCGAAAGGGUUUGUUUUGGGUGCGCGAGCUAGAGACGAACUCCAGACUGCUGCUUCCGGUGGGCACCCGCACAGUAUUUCCGGUUCCGUCGGCGGAGAACCGGGUCACGCUCUACGACGACUGCCUGCACGCCCUCCAGUCCCUGAACCGCUCCGUGCCCGUCUACGAGAACGCCGCCCUGCACCGCCUGCUCCCGGAACCCUACAUCAGCUCGCACAUCAACAACGGACCCAUCGCCCGCUGCACGACUUCCACCUGCUCGAGUUGUCUGUACACCUCGUACUACUUCAUGGUCGUGAAGAGGCGUGGCAGCACCUCCAAGCAGCUCUUCACCUGCAACUUCUGCACCAACCGAUGUGCUCUCCUCUGGUUGGCCAUCAAUGACAAAAAGUACUACCAAUUGACUUGGAGAGUAUCCGAUGAUGACGACGACGAGGAUGAACACGUGUCCAGUGGCAAGUAGAGCCAGUGGAAUUCGCCUGACCUCGUUGUAUAUAGUCAUACAUGUGUAAUUAUUUAAUUAUUAUCUUUAAUUACCAUUAAUUAGUUUUGUACAUGUCAUGUAAAUGCUAUUGAACUUCUGGCAACCGGCGCCAUUUGUUCAAAGAGAAAGCUCACGCGAAAUCUAAAUCUAGGCUUAAAGAAAACUCUGUGUGGG